AUGGCCGAGCAAUGGGAAGCAAUCUUCAGAACCCUUGGCGAGGGUACUCACGCCAUCACCGAGAUCAUCAUGAAUGCCAAUGAGGGUGAUGACCUUGAGCCGGGCUACAAGGUAUCUCAAUCCUGAUGGCAGCUGGUCGUGUGCUGUUCUCUGACUUCGUACAGGAAAUCGAAGAGAAACGGGACCAAGUCCUAAAAGCAGCCGAAGGAGCACCAUCAGACUCGGACAUUCCAGAUUUCUACGACGACACAGCCCAAUUGGAGCUCAGCAACGCUGCCGACAUCGUAAGCCAAACGAUAACAUCCCCCACAUGAGCAAGCCUCCUUGGUGUUGACUUUGGUCACUAGCCCAUCACAGCCUGUGACAAACUCCUGACCGCCCUCGAAGAGAAGCAAGACAUCUGGAAGUCAAAGAAAGACCUCGGAAAGAUCGUCAAGGAGGUGGUUCACGCCGACAAUGAUGUGCUACACAGACCGUACCCACCUGCGAAUCCCAAUGCACCCAAGAUCACGGGUCGGACCAAGAAGACCGAGGCGGAUUCAAAUAGGCUUGCCAAGCAGCAUGCUAAGGCUGAGGCAAAGUCAGAGUAG